AUGUCUCACCGCAAGUACGAGGCCCCUCGCCAUGGCUCUUUGGCCUACCUGCCGCGCAAGCGCGCUGCCCGCCAUAGAGGAAAGGUCAAGUCCUUCCCCAAGGACGACGCCAAGAAGCCCGUCCACCUGACGGCCGCGAUGGGCUACAAGGCCGGCAUGACCACCAUCGUCCGCGACAUGGACCGUCCCGGUGCCAAGGCCAACAAGAAGGAAGUGGUGGAAGCUGUGACAAUCAUUGAUACUCCUCCUAUGAUUGUUGUGGGUCUGGUUGGUUACAUCGAGACUCCCCGCGGUCUCCGCUCCCUCACCACCGUCUGGGCCGAGCACUUGUCCGAUGAGGUCAAGCGUCGCUUCUACAAGAACUGGUAUAAGUCCAAGAAGAAGGCUUUCACCAAGUACGCCAAGAAGCACUCCGAGAACAGCGGUGCCUCCAUUACCCGCGAGCUCGAGCGCAUCAAGAAGUACUGCACCGUCGUCCGCGUUCUUGCCCACACCCAGAUCCGCAAGACCCCCCUCAAGCAGAAGAAGGCCCACCUCAUGGAGAUCCAGAUCAACGGUGGCUCCGUCGCCGACAAGGUCGAGUUCGGCCACGGCCUCUUCGAGAAGCCCGUCUCCAUCGACACCAUCUUCGAGAAGGACGAGAUGAUUGACGUUAUCGCCGUCACCAAGGGUCACGGUUUCAGCGGUGUCACCGCCAGAUGGGGCACCAAGAAGCUUCCCCGCAAGACUCACAAGGGUCUCCGCAAGGUCGCCUGUAUCGGUGCCUGGCAUCCUUCCCACGUCCAGUGGACUGUUGCCCGUGCCGGUCAGAUGGGUUACCACCACCGUACCUCGGUCAACCACAAGGUUUACCGCAUCGGCAAGGGUGAUGCUGAUGACAACGCCGCCACUGAGAUCGAUGUCACCAAGAAGACCAUCACUCCCAUGGGUGGCUUCGUCCGCUACGGCGAGAUCAAGAACGACUUCGUCAUGGUCAAGGGUUCCGUCCCCGGUACCAAGAAGCGCAUCAUGACCCUCCGCAAGUCCAUGUUCAUCCACACCUCCCGCAAGGCCCUCGAGAAGGUCGAGCUCAAAUGGAUCGAUACCUCCUCCGAGUUCGGUCACGGUGCUUUCCAGACCCCUGCGGAGAAGAAGCAGUAUCAGGGUACUCUCAAGAAGGACUUGGCCGCCAGCUCAUGA